AAAGCAUUUUCUGACAUUGGUCUUCUAGCUCCAGUGACUCUGGACCCCAACACUGUGCAUCCCUGUCUCUCUCUGAGCGAUGACCUGACCAGAGUGAGAAAUACUGGAGAUAAACACCCACUCCCCGACAACCCAGAGAGGUUCGACUUCGGUGUGGCCGUACUGGGCUCCGAGGGCUACACCUCAGGGAAGCACAGCUGGGAGGUGGAGGUGGGGAACAAACCCUCCUGGAGUUUGGGCGUGGCGAGGAAGUCCGUCGACAGGAAGGGGCAGAUAAGAGCAAUCCCCGAAAAGGGCUUCUGGGUUCUUUCCCAGAGGAACUGGGACCUGUACGGAGCGUGCUCCUCAGAGAAAAAGUGCAUCAAAGUGAGGAGGAAGCCCCAGAGGAUCAGAGUGCAGCUGGACUAUGACAGGGGGGUGGUGUCCUUCUUUGACCCCAGUGACAUGACACAGAUCAACACCUGCAAAGGUACAUUUAGAGAGAGAAUGUUUCCCUUUCUGUCCCCUUAUCUAAGUGAAGAUGGCAGUAACCCUGGGGCUCUGACAGUAUGCCCUGGGAGCGUGUCGAUAAUAGCGAUGUCACUCCAGUGAGCUUGUUUAAAUGCUGUCAUUCUACUGAACAUGUCUAUUAGUG